GCUGUAUGCAUGGUAUGUGUGGGGCGAGUGGCCCUCGCUCGUGUAGAUUUUGUAGGCAGUAAGAAAGGUAUCCAUGUUAUGUCCUUAGAGUUGCGACGCACCUCCACUUGCUCCUCCAGACUCCACUCAUAUUAAUUUAUCUUGUGCAAGAAGGGCACACGCACACCAUUGUGCGCUGGUCUUCCGCAGUCCCGUAUUUAUUUUUGUAGUAAUCAGACUCGAGCUUUGUUACCGUGUGGCCGCGUCCAGUUUUCAGCGCGGGUGCCCAAUGGCCAGCGGAGGUGUGGACAUUUGUGCAGGUCAGGAAGACGGCGGACUGCGCGGCCUGGACCAUGAGUUCGAUAAGAGAAUAUGGGUGCCAGGCCCACUGAAUGGCCGCGAGGGGCCGCAUAGGGAUGUGGUGCAAGUCGUGAUCUUCAAGACCUGCUGCAAGCACCUCAAGUUGCCCACCUUUGGUACGUGCUUCUUAGCGAAGACUGCUGAGGGAAGUCCCCUAGUUCUCAAUGGCGGUGCAGCAGAAGACGAAUAUGCGUGUUUCUUCACCGUUGCUCAUAAUCUGUAUUGCAAAAAGCACGCAUGCUAUGUGGCCAAGAUUGCAUUGGUACACAUGAACAAACCAGGCACACCGGCUGAGAGGACACCGCGCACCAAAUCUAAAGACAUGAGCCACAACGACAAGAUUGGAUUCUACCGAGUCCCGCAGGAGUUCAAGCAGUGCAAGACACGGGACGGCUUGUGUCAAAGCGACUACGGAUUGAUAGUGGUGCGCCGGGACGAGCUACUGGAUCUGGAUCUGCAGCACAUUAGCCUCUCCUUGCCCACGUCGCUCGUAGGCGAGAGCGCAGCGUGCUACCCGCACGGUGUCGUGUGCGGCUAUCCCGUGUACGUGUUCCAGAAGCCCAACACGAGCGAGUACAACCUCGGCGGCGAGAGCGCCGGGUUCAAGGAGCGACCGGACGUGAAGCGCUACCUUGUAGUCGGCGCACAGUAUUGCUCGGUGCCCAGUGGCAGCAGUGAUUCGGUCCAGGAAAGCGACGCACAAGCGCUGAGCAAAGAAGACCGUCGUCAACUCGAGCGGCACAGCGACGGGAUCUUCUCAUUUCCGCAGAACCACUUCGACGAGGAGUGCGAAAAGUAUUGCCCGCAGUCCUCGGCGAGUGCAGCGCUGUACCGGUACUACAUUGACACGUCACCGGGCAACAGCGGAUCUCCCGUCUAUGUGCCGAUGCAGGAUGGCACGUUUGUAGUGGUCGGCCUGCACCGUGGAACGUGGUACUAUCAUCACAAGAAUGACGUCGACCGGGCGACAGACUGCAACGUUGCCGUGCGCCUGACCGACACGGUGCUGAAGAGAAUGAAAGACUGGCUGGCGCACUAUAUCAGUAAGCAACACGGAGACCCUAUCAGUGGUGACGAUGGAGAUGAGAACGGCGCUCCACUUGAUGACGGCAGUGACAUUCUAAUGGAUGUUGAUAAUUAUGAGUCGCUGCCAUUCCUCCGUGGCUUACUGCAAGCAGACGGAAACAGGAAAUCCAAUGUGGUGGUCAGUAACAUCACAAAGAAAGUGGAGCAAAGCGGAACAUUUAAUAUCAACGCUACAGGCAAUGCUCAAGUCCAUGUCCAUGUCACCGGGCCGCUGCAGCAGAUGCAAGGUCAUUCCUCCACCGAGUCUGUGCCAAUUCCCGAGAGUUCAGGGUGCGAAACGGGUGGCCAUCCUGACAAGAUGGACCAUGAGGAUUCUCCCGUUGUCGGAGGCAAUCGUAGCGUUACAAGUACUACUGUUGCUCCUGCCGCUUCUGCUCCCGGUGCUUUGGCGUCCGCUGGUGGCAGUGGUCAUGGUAGUCAUGCGCAGGCGUCGCAGGAUUUUGAAAAAGAUCCAGUUAGUCCAGUUCAGGAGAUAAGUCCAUUCGACGGUUCGGAACCGUCACAACACCACCACCACCCACAACAACAGGAGCAAUUGCAAAUGACAGUGCAGCAGCAGCAGGAGCAGGAACUGCAGCAGCUGCGGCAGCAUCAUCAACAGCAGCAGCAGGAACUGGAGCAACUGCGGCAGCGGGAACUGGAGCAGCUUCGGCACCGGCAGCAGCAGCAGCAGCAGGAACUGGAGCAGCUGCGGCAGCGGCAGCAGCAGCCGCAAGUAAGUGAUUUUCAGCCACGCCAGGACAGUGCAGAGGGGCAAGCCAAGCGUCCAGUACAAGAGGGUGCGCAGAAACCUGGCGCGUCUGCACAGCAGCAUGACCCAGUGCCUAUGGCAGGUUUGGGAUGUGCCGUGGGUCUGGAUGGCUGGGUGAACUUGGGAAGUAUGCCGAGAAAGGAGAGGGACAUCCUCUAUAACUACCUUCGCCAUUACCUGGCUAAAAGUCCCAAGAUGGUGUACACCCUUGCUAUCUAUCUACUGGACGGUUGCACAGACGUACCGGACCCGGAAGUGGCAAUUAACGACAGAGCAGGUCCCAACGCGAGCAAUUUUGCACUGUUUGACCAUAUGAUGGGACUGUGGCUAGAUAAAAUGAUGGAUCACAGCGGCAAAGUGCUUCACAAAGCUGUGGCCGAGGGACUAGGAAAGGGCAUAGCAGCCUCGAUCAAGGCCAAACUUAAGCCUGCCAUGCAGUGCCGCUGAUGUGCGGGAGGCCGUGCACCACUGGUGACUUUGGACUGCUGUAGCUGCCCAGAUGAAGGCCACAUGCAGCAUCUAGAGGGAUGCUGUGAUUGUGCUGGAAACUUCACCCAGCCAAGAUGAAGAUCUCAUCCAGGUGAGGUUUAUAGGUGCGCCAUGUCCUUGCACACAGCCGCCCACACAUACACGGCACAAAACUGAUAUCGAAUGCUUUUUACACGAGAGCAGAAUGGAAAGACGGAUUUUGGUGCUACACUGGCUGUGUUUUUCUUCAAUAUUUCCAUUUGUCUUUCGUCGUUUUUCAUUGUAUCACUAGGAGUACUUUCCUGGUUGUUCUUCAUUUAUGACUGGCUGGCUACUAUCUCUCGUGCCGAAAGGUGUAUUUUCUUUGCGUGAUGUGUCCAAAUAGCUGAUUGUUCUUGACUUUGGACAUCACAAUGCUUGCACGUAUUUUGACUUUUUUUAAUGCUUUCGUCUGUUGAUUGCCAGGUUGUACCUUUCUCGUGUUCCCAGCCUGGGACAUUGCAAAGAACAUAAUCAUUGGCUUAUACCCGGGUCUGCUUUGUUCAGAACUUGAAAGCACUUUUUUAUUUCCUAUAACUUGAUUUCCUCUUCACUGCUUUCUCCGGUCAAUUAUCAGCUGGUGUUGUGUCUUUGCAAGAUGCUGGACACUUUGCUCUGCACUCCGUAGCAAUUUAUGUUGUAAAUAAUUGCAUUUCAAAUUAUUAGCCGAGGUUAUUGUUCUUCAAGGUUUGGUUUUGCUCUCGGUCUUUUUCAACGGAUUCUUGCUUGCCACUUCUAUCCGCCUUUGCUUUCCGAUCUUAGCCACUUUUGGUUUUUUCUCUAGAAGAGCAGAUAGGAUUUAGCCGAUGACAGGCUUAGGUAUUUUUAUUACUAUAAUUAUAAUUAUCGUCGCAACAUCUUUGGUAUAAUUAUUUCAUUUGUCAAGCUUUUCGAAUUGAA